CAACACGACAACUUCCUCGAUUUAACCCCGGUUGCAAUCCACAUUUGGAACUGCGCCUUUUGAGAAGACGACAACGAGGGAGAGCUUGGGCAGAAACGAAAGGUGAAAAAGAGAUAUAAAAUAUCCAGUUGAUUUCGGUCCUCCAGACUCUCCACCGCGCCAACAUGACAAGCAGAAAUCUCAACCAGACCUGGCGCGACGUUGUCUUUAAACAGUACAAAGAAGACCACGCGGCUGACGUCCCCUUCCCCGUCCGCUACUUGAUCUACGCCCCAGAGUGGAAGAAAGACAUCUUCAUCGAGAUUCCCGCCAAGAUCGACGUGCCUGUCUUCCGUCAAGCCGUCCUUCACUUUUCCAGCACAAGACGCCUUGCAGACGACCCGGCAUACGAAGACGACCUCAUCAAAGUCCGAGCACGCGUUUCACGUUCCGGUCCAUUUUCUUCUGCUCAACGCAAUGAUGAUGCCCCCCCGCAAGACGACACUAACCAGCCUGAGCCUGGUGCUGCUGGCAACAGCGGCUAA